GGUCACCAUUUUGGGAGUCUAAACAACCAACAGGCAGCGGCAGGCGCCUCCACGCUCCUCCGUGGCCUUACUAUGGUUCACACAUGUGGGGCGGCAGGCUGUAAGAACCGUCGGACCCCAGGAACCAAUCUCUCUUUCUACUGUUUCCCACGGAACGCAGACAACAAGCACCGCUGGAUAGCAGCUGUGAACCGAGCGGGCUGGUUACCGAAGCACCGCAGCUGGUGGUGGACGUAGUUCCCACUUCAUUUCAGCUACAGAUAAACUACUGCUCCAACAGACAGCUCCAUAGAAGAUGGCUGAUGCCACAACAGAGUCAUAGAGGGUCUUUAGAAGCGCCCCCUGCACCCCAAAAGACCUCAGGCUCCUCAGCAGGAAGAGUCUGCUCUGACCUUUCUUAUACGGAGCCUCAGAGUUGUAAACAAAGAAUCCACAUUCGCCCGAUUAUGUUCCCUCUGUGUUCAACCGAGUUCCCUUCUUCCCAGAAAUGAAGGAGCCGGGUGCCGUGGAGAUCCUGGAGAAGCAGGAGGCGCGGGUCGAAGCCGCCAAUGCCCUGUUGUUCCUUCAGGGCCAGGGCAGUUCUGGCCUGGAUGGCCCGAGCCAAGAGGAGCGUCCUGAGAAGGCGGAGCCAGAGGCCGUCGCUGAAAAGAGCGAAUCCUCCACCUUUAGCUCUGAUGAAGAUGAUGAACACGACGAAGCUUCUGCGAGAGGCAGAAAGAAGGGAAAAUUUACCCAGAUGUCUGAACUGUCCGUCAACUUUGACGAUAUCCUGAAAGCCUUAAAGAAGGAGAACCGGGCUCUUAGGGAGUCGGUGGAAAAGAUGUCUCUGUCUGAGAGCGCAUUCCGGAACGACGCUGAGAAGGUGAAGUUCUACACCGGUUUACCCAACUACUUUGUCCUGGAGACCGUUAUGUGGCUACUGGCGCCACACAUGGAUGCCAUGAAAACCAUCAGGCUCUCCAAGUUCCAGCAGCUGCUGCUGACGCUCAUGCGCCUCCGGCUGGACCUCCGCAAUCAAGACCUGGCCUACCGCUUCGGGGUGAAGGUCGGCACCGUGGCCAGAACCGUCCACCGUAUGGUCAACAUCAUGGCCUCCACUUUGGUUCCCACUGCCGUUUUUUGGCCUUCUAGAGCCGAGCUCCGCAAAAACCUGCCUACAGCUCUGCGAGCCUCCCACCCAGACUGCGCCGUCAUCGUCGACUGCUUCACAGUCGCCCUCGAGGAGCCGCUCUCAGCCGAAGCAGAGAUGACGCCCUCACACUCCGACCGAUCGAGGCCAACUUUCAGCUCAUUAAAGUACCUAAUCGGCGUAGCUCCGCAAGGGGUCGUCACUUUCGUCUCUCGGGGUGCGCCCGGAAGCGUCAGCGACAAGAGCCUGGCAGAGAGCUGUGGGUUCCUGUGCAAGCUUCUCCCAGGCGAUGUGGUUCUGUCCUGCCGCGACCUGGACAUCGCAGACUCUGUGGCGGCCCGCGGAGCUUCUUUUAAAAUCGCAGCUUGCAUUAGAUCAGAGGGGGUGGACGUCGCGUCUGAGACGGCGAUGGUGCAGAGGCACGUGGAGAGGGUGAUCUCCAUAGUGAAGCAGAGGUACGCCAUGCUCACAGGCCCCGUCGAGAACGCCUUCAGCGCCGCUGGCGAGUGCACGUCCAACCUCUCAACCUUUGAUAAGAUCGUCCAAGUCGCCUGUGCCUUAAACAACCUGUGUAUCUCUGCUGCUCCACUAGAGUGAUACGGACAGAAAACCAUGCACUACUUAACGCUGCUCUCCUUCCUUUUUACUCACUUGGACUUCCCGUCAUGUCUGUUUGAGGGUUCAAAGCUAGAAAAAUGACAUUUCUUCUCUCUAAAUCCCAUUUCAGCCUCUCUUAGCUAUAGAGAGCUUUCUGUUCUUGGCUGUUAGUUCGUAGGACCAAAGUCCCUUUAAUGAAAAGCCAAACAGAGAAAGUGGAGGAGCGGGCGGAGCCUGAACGCAUCACUUUCCCUCACUGUUCUUGUUUUAGAGGCAAAGAGUGAUUCCUUGGAAGGUUAUGGGAUAAACUAGCAAAGUAUAUGAUAAGCAGAACACAGAUUAGUUAACCCAGCGUGGCUGUUAGCCCGUCUUAUUUUAUAGUGUUUCUCAUUGAAGAGCAGAACUGCAAUAAGCAACAAUGUUCUGCACAUAAAUACUUCUAAAUCCGGCAGGUAUUUAGAUUUAUUCUAACACUGUAAUGUCCAUCCAUCUCUGCCAGGAGUGUCUGAAUCGGUUCUCAUUUUAGCUGUAUUCUUGAUCACAACAACAUUAAGAAACGUCCUAGAUGUAGUUUUUCUAUCCGUUAUAACAUAUUUACUGCAUCAAUGUAUUGUUUACUUUUUCAUUUGAUUAAAAACUUGGAUUGUG